AUGAAUCUGAACGCUACUGUAAGCUUCACCAAAACAAAAUCUACAGAGAACGUUACACAAAUAGUGAAAAAAGUACUGAACGAUGGUUAUGAUUUGGAGGUACUGGGACUUGCUUCGAACUGGUUUCUUUUCAUACAUAUACCUGCUUUAUGUUGCAUUUUCUUCAGUCUUAUAGCAGCAACAACUGUUAUAAUCGUGUCAUUCAGAAGUCAGACACGACCGUUCUUCUCCUGGAUGCGAAAUGAGCGUUUCGUUGUAUACCUGUCGCUGUGCGAUGCCCUUUUCAAUGUGACACACAUCAUGGAUCAUCUACAGAUGGUUAUUACGAAGGAACACGUCUAUCCUUUGGAAUUGUGCGAGUUUUAUGCUUUCUUUAUCGGCGAAUUUGUUUCGGCACAGAUUCUGAUGACCAAUGUAGCAGCUGUCAAUGCUUUUAGUCUAAUUUAUCUACAGAAACAGUUCAAACUCGGCAGAUACGACUGGAAACUCCUGAUUUAUACUUUUGGUGUACCUUUUGUGUUAUCAAUGUCCGCAGUUAAUUUGGGAUUUUACGGACCUUCCGGAUCUUAUUGUUACUUUGACGGCGUAAAAGGAGCAUUUGCCAGCAUAUUCUUUACAACCAUUCCAAUGACGAUUGUACUAGUAGUAAACGUAAUACUCUAUACCUCAACGUGGUGUAAAAUCUACACAAAAUCUAGACAUCUCAAAACUACACUGGGAAGGGAAACCCAAAUUCUAGAUCCAUCUUUUAACGCUGCCAAAAUGAUGAGUCUCUUUGUGGCGGUAUUUUUCGUGCAGUGGUGGGCCCUGGGUAUCGUGAGUGUUUGGCAAAAUUUUGCGGUAGUUCCGGAGGAAUUCCUCACUAUAGUCGUCAUUUUUACAAAUCUAGGUGGCGUGUGUAAUGCAGGUGUUUUUAUCAUCAUCAGGAAAAGAAGAAGCAAACAUACGUACCAAAUUAAAACGAGUUCCAAUCAAACUUCUCAAUUAUAG